UGAUGACAAAGGUGAAGGUGUGUUGUCCUCUCUCCUGUGCCUCUGAUUUGAGGUUUGCAUCCGAGUGAAGCUACAGUAACUCUUUACACUUGUUUCUUUUGGAGAAGAAAAACCUGAAGAUGGCAGGCAAAGGAAGUAAUGCAGACCGCAUGUCGUGCAGCAUACUGAACUGGGAGCAGGUCAGCCGUCUGCAUGAAGUUCUUACAGAGGUGGUUCCAAUCCACGGACGAGGUAACUUCCCAACGCUGAAGAUAACCCUGAAGGACAUUGUUCAGACUGUUCGGAGUAGACUGACUGAAGCAGGCAUUGUGGUACGUGAUGUCCGCCUGAAUGGUUCUGCAGCUGGUCACAUUCUGGUCAAGGAUAAUGGGCUGGGAUGCAAAGACCUGGAUCUCAUUUUUCAAGUUUCUCUUCCAAAUGAGGCAGAGUUUCAGUUAGUUCGAGAUGUGGUGCUGCGGUCCCUCCUGAAUUUCUUGCCGGAAGGAGUAAGCAAGCGAAAAAUCAGCCCAGUAACACUGAAAGAAGCCUACAUCCAGAAGCUAGUCAAGGUGUACACAGAGUCUGACCGCUGGAGCUUAAUAUCACUUUCCAACAAACAUGGCAGGAAUGUGGACCUGAAGUUUGUAGACUGUAUAAGGCGACAGUUUGAGUUCAGUGUGGACUCCUUCCAAAUCAUACUGGACUCCCUGCUCUUUUACUAUGACUACUCAGAAACCCCCAUGUCGGAGCACUUCCAUCCAACUGUGAUCGGGGAGAGCAUGUAUGGAGACUUUGAAGCAGCUUUUGAUCACCUUCAGAACAAGCUGAUAGCUACCAAAAAUCCUGAGGAGAUCCGAGGUGGUGGGCUCCUGAAGUAUAGUAACCUCUUGGUACGAGACUUCAGGCCCAUGGAUAAGGAUGAGAUCAAAACCUUAGAGCGCUACAUGUGCUCCCGGUUCUUCAUAGACUUCCCAGACAUCCUGGAUCAGCAGCGCAAACUAGAGACCUACCUCCAGAACCACUUCUCCAAAGAAGAAAGGAGGAAAUACGACUACCUCAUGAUUCUGCGCAGGGUGGUGAAUGAGAGCACGGUCUGUCUCAUGGGACAUGAGCGAAGGCAGACUCUCAAUUUGAUAUCUCUGCUAGCUCUCAAAGUACUGGCAGAACAAAACAUCAUCCCUAAUGCCACUAAUGUUACCUGUUACUACCAGCCAGCACCUUAUGUCAGUGACGUAAACUUCGGCAACUACUAUCUUGCAAAUGUUCCUGUGCCAUACAGCCAGUCCUACCCCACUUGGUUGCCUUGCAAUUGAUUGACUCACUUGAGCGUUCUUGAGUGGAGGCUACUGGAGGCCCAGAUGCUGAGUGUAUAUACAGACAAAUAAUUAUCAGUUGGAGGUUUUUUGAUGAAAACGUGACUGUGUUGGACUGUCCUUUUCCUGGUGUGCAGUAGGAAUAUGCAACUAGGUGACCUGCUAUGAACCUCUCAGUAUAUCUCUACAAAUGCCAAGAAGCCUUAUUACCUCUUCAUUAGGAGAAGAAAACCAGUAGCUAAAUGUUAAGAGGAGUAGUUAUGAAACUUGGUACUAAUUCUGGAAGUGGCUCUUAACAUGGGAUCUAAGUGGAAUAUUCAGUAAACUAGGUUAGUUAAUAGAGGAAGGACUGUAAAAUGUCUUGAGCAGAGCAGAAGCCACUCCUGGGAUAGUAGCAAAACUCUGCUUUCUAUUGCCUAACCUCAUUACUCUACACUUCCUCAGUUCAAGUUCUGGCCAACUUUCUAUUGAACUAAUUGUGGAAGAGUGGGCUUGUGUUGAACUUGGGCUGCUUCUACUUUCUGGCUGUGUAAAACUGGUAACCCUAUGGAUACUGUCUGUAUUGUAGAG